AUGCCGAAAGCAGAGGUCGGGUCCGUCAAGCACCUGAGCAACCAGAUGAAGGCCAAAGGCCUGACUCGGUUGCGAUGGUAUUGUCAGAUCUGCGAGCGCGCCCUGCGCGACGAAAACGCCUUCAAGCAGCACACCCUCAGCGAGAGCCACGUGCGCAAUAUGCUGGCCGUCGGCUCCGACCCGCGCAAAGUCAUCAACGAGUACUCCGACCAGUUCCUCAAAGACUUUAUCCAGCUCCUGCGCACCGGCCACGGUGAGAAGCAGGUGCAAAUCAACCACUUUUACCAAGAGUUUAUUGCGCGGCGCGACCACGUCCACAUGAACUCCACCAAAUGGUCGUCCUUGACCGAGUUCGCCAAGUAUCUGGGGCGCGAGGGUAUCUGCCGCGUUGAGGAGAACGAAAAGGGCAUCUUUAUCUCGUGGAUCGACACAUCGCCCGAGGCGCUCAGGCGGCAAGAAGCUCUGCGGAGGAAGGAGGCGCAAGACCGUGGUGACGAGGAGUGGGAGCAGCGGAUGCUCAAGGCCCAGAUUGAGCGCGCGACACGAACAGCGAAGGAGCGCAAGAAGCAGGAGGGCGGCUCAGGCGAUGAUGUCGACGAGGAGGAUGAGGAUGAGAAGGAGAAGAAACACAUGUUGCAGCGGGAAGAGGGCGAAAAGAUCAAGCUCACUUUCGGUCCAGCAAAGUCGACGCCGGGCGAGUCCUCAUCGCCAAUAUCACAAACACCAAAAGCAGAUGGAGAAGUAGGCAAGGAGGGCAAGGAGGGCAGGGAAGUGGAUGUUGGAAGUACAGAGACUUCGACAGCAGAACCGCCGGCCGAGCCUCCUGUGUCCAAGCCCAUGUCGUUGAAGCUUGGAGGUCUCAGCAAGCCCCAACCAAAGAACGUGUUUGCCGCCGCGAAGAAGAAUACACUCGGGGGAAAGUCUAGCGCCAAGAAGAUUGAGGUUCCGAAAAAGAUGAGCGAAGCGGAGCGCAUUAUGAAGGAGGAGAUGGAGCGGAAACGGGGCCGCGAAUCGGGCGGUGGCAUGAGUUUCAAGGUUGGCGGGCCGCCGAACAAGAAGCCGAGGUUUUGA